AUGGAGUUUGUGCCAAAUCCAUGUCCUUUGCGUUCAGCUUCGCUCGGGAAUCUCGUCGAGAGGGUUAAGCAGCUUGGUACCCUUGCCGUCUCUGCCGUCAUUGGGAACAUAUUCUCUGCGAUCUUGACCUUUUGCUUCGCAUUAGUGGGCACUUUGUUGGGGGCCUUGACUGGAGCUUUGAUAGGACAAGAAACUGAGAGUGGCUUCAUUCGAGGGGCUGCGGUUGGUGCCAUAUCAGGAGCUGUAUUUUCCAUUGAAGUGUUUGAAUCAUCUCUUGUCCUUUGGCAAUCUGACGAAUCUGGAAUUGGUUGCGUGUUAUAUUUGAUUGAUGUCAUCGCCAGCUUACUGAGUGGGAGACUUGUGCGUGAGAGGAUUGGUCCAGCCAUGUUGAGUGCUGUUCAAAGUCAGAUGGGUGCUGUUGAAACCAGCUUUGAUGAGGUUCAAAACAUCUUUGACACCGGUGGUGCCAAAGGUUUAUCUGGAGAUUUGGUUGAAAAAAUCCCAAAAAUCAAAAUUACAACUGACAACAAUAUUGAUGCAUCCGGUGAUAGAGUUUCUUGUUCAGUUUGCCUGCAGGACUUUCAGCUUGGAGAAACAGUAAGAAGCUUACCUCAUUGCCAUCACAUGUUUCACCUACCUUGCAUAGAUAAGUGGCUCUUCAGGCAUGGUUCUUGCCCAUUAUGCAGAAGGGAUCUGUAA